UGAGAAGAGGAUGGAGGAACAAGCAGCACUCGACGUGGGCAAGAUGACCAGCCAGCAGGCUCUGUGCGACUCCGGCGACGACAAGAGCAGAAAGCGCAUCUCUACUCUCAAAUUGUUCAUUGUGGCGCUGUCCUUCGCUUAUUUCUCCAAGGCCUUGACUGGGACCUACAUGAAGAGCUCCAUCACUCAGAUCGAGAGACGCUUUGACCUCUCCAGCACACACAUUGGUCUAAUAGACGGCAGUUUUGAGAUGGGCAACUUGUUGUUCCUAGCCAUGGUCAGCCAUUUUGGGGCGAAGCUGCAUCGGCCCAGACUCAUCGCCGUGGGCUGUUUCCUCAUGGCUGUUGGGGCUUUUCUCACCGGCCUGACACACUUCUUCAUGGGCCGCUAUAAGUACGACACGGUCAUUCAGGUCUUCCAGAAUGACAGUGUGAACAUUGCUGCCUGUGUGGAUCCUCUGAAAACAGUGGAGGUACCAGAAGUCCAGAUAGAGCCUUCUGGGGAAGACAACAAAGCCUGUGUGAGAGAAUCCGGUUCCAACAUGUGGAUCUAUGUGUUCCUGGGGAACGCUUUACGGGGCAUCGGAGAAACCCCCGUCACACCUCUGGGCAUCUCCUACAUCGAUGACUUUGCUAAAGCCGAAAACUCCCCGUUCUAUAUCGCUUGUCUCCAGACCAUCACUCUCCUGGGCCCCAUGUUUGGAUUCCUCCUGGGCUCCUAUUGCGCCAAACUAUACGUUGACAUCGGAUAUGUGGAUCUGGAAAGCGUGACCAUCACUCCUAAAGAUGCCCGCUGGGUGGGUGCCUGGUGGAUGGGUUUCCUGGUGUCCUCCGGCCUCCUGCUCAUCUCCAGUAUUCCCUUCUGGUUCUUGCCUCGCUCGCUGCCCAAGCAGGAGGGUGAAGAGGUCAAGCCAACUCCAGCCCGUGAGACCGUGGAUGGGACGGAGGACGCGCUCAACAGCAACCACAACCUGAAGCUGACUGAAAUUGCAAAAGGGUUCCUUCCGUCGUUGAAGCGCCUGUUGGGAACUCCUGCUUACUUUCUGCUGCUUUGUGGCAGCAUCCUGAAGUUCAACUCCUUCAUUGGCUUGUUAACCUUCAAAGCCAAAUACAUGGAGCAACAGUUUGGACAGUCUGCAUCCAGAGCCAACUUCCUCAUAGGUGUGUUGAACCUGCCAGCAGUGGCGGUAGGGAUCUUCCUGGGAGGACUUCUGAUGAAGAGGUAUAAGCUGAGCGUGGUGUCGGGAGCUCAGCUCUCCUUUGCCACAUCCUUCAUGGCGUACCUCCUUUUGCUGCUGCAGUUUGGCACCAAGUGUGACAACAUACCUGUGGCUGGGCUCACCAUCUCCUACAAUGGAACACACACUGUGUCAUACAACGGAGAAACGCUCUUCGCCGAGUGCAACAGCGACUGCUCAUGCUCAGCAGAGGAGUGGGAUCCCGUCUGUGCAGACAGCGGCAUCACUUACAUCUCCCCUUGUAUGGCCGGCUGCCUCGGCUCCAGCGGAUACGGCAAGAACACAGUUUUUCACAACUGCAGCUGUGUGUCCGCCUCCUAUCCAGCAGGCAGCACUACAUCAGUGAAGCUGGGUCAGUGCCCUCAUGCCAAAGACUGCAGUCGCAGCUUCACCUCCUACAUGGCCAUAUCGGUGCUCAGCUCCUUCAUCAACUCUCUGGGAGCCACACCGGGCUACAUGGUCAUCAUACGAUGCAUCUCAUCAGAGCUCAAAUCUCUGGCAUUGGGUAUUCAGACAUUGGCAACAAGGACUCUUGGCGGAAUUCCUGCACCAGUGUAUUUUGGAGCCCUGAUUGAUUCAACUUGCCUCAAGUGGUCGAUAAAGAAGUGUGGGGGCAGGGGGGCGUGUCGCAUUUACAACUCCGACAUGUACAGGAUCAUUUUUCUGGGUCUGAUCACUUGCCUCAGUGGUUCCUCCUAUUUCUUUAUGAUUGCCGUCAUCAUCCUCCUCAGGCGAAAUUUUCGGAAGCCGGAGCAGGUAAAAGACACGCAGCAGCCGAGGUCUUCGAAGGAAAUUGAACUUCGGAAGGCGUCGAUCCCAGCCGAGAAGACUAGCGCUGGUCCUAAAAAUCCCAAACUGCCUCAGCCCCCGAAGAUUAAGGUCUUGGAGGAAGGAGUCGAGGUUCACAGGACGGAGCAGCUUUCCCAAGAUGACGGACUCCUUUCCACGAAUAACACACAGGAGCCUAGAUCUUUGGCAGAGAACGCUACUCUUUGUUCUGAUGGGGCGAGCAUAGAGCUGGUCUGUAAGGAAACAACUGCACAAGUGGAAAAAGAGAAGCCAGACCAUCAGAUAGAUGACAAGAACAGCUUAGAGAAAGAAAGUCAGCAAAGAAACUGAUGGAAGUGUUCAAUCAAACUGGGCCCGAUGUUACCAAGUUGGGACAAAAGUCUGCUGCUUGUUUUUUACCCGGACUAUAGCAUGCUCUAUGCUAACACCAUGUCCCCCUCGUUUAUUACAGGAUAGAGCUGGUAUAUUAUAUUUAGUCCUGUAGAGGAAGAACCCUUCAG